AUGGUGCAGGGGCACAACCUGUUGCUGCCGGGGGAAUGGACCACACACGGACCACCCCACCUGGCCGAAGACGCAGCCGACCGCGACCAGCAAUGCACCGUCGAACACGGCGAGGCUCGAAAACGUCAGAGACGAUACGCCCAGGAGAUAACACCCACGAACGAGCACCCCCCGCCCGCGGUGCGGCGGGACACGUACCCUCGAGGACGAGCCCAAGGACCCCUCAACGAGUGGCCCCCCGACACUGACACGGACGAACCCGUGACUACACCGGGACCACCAGAGGAUGGCGUCGGGGCACUCUCGAUCACCGAGGUCUCCGACCUCCCCGACACCCCGACGGAAGACUGCGAUGCUGAGACCAUCCCCGUGAUGACGGAACCAGACGACGAGGCCACCGACCCGGGGCUGCCUGGCAUCCCAGAGCGGGAGAGACGCCCAUACCAAUCUAUGCCGCGCCCGGCCCCGGACGAUCUACGCCAGACGCCACCCCAUCCCCUCACGGGGCCCCCGGGCCCAGGAGACGCCCCAGGGAACCUUCCCCAGAGGACCCGCCGACCACCCAGGUACCUGGACGACUACGUACGGGAGAAGGCGGUACGGGCCCCCACCAACGUCCCACCACCCGGAUAUCCGACGCGGGACGACCGAGGUCCAGAGCGCAGGCCCUACCAGCUGCCGGACCACCCCGGACAUUCGUUUCGGGACGAACCAGGCCCAGAGCGCAGGCCCUACCAACUGCAGGACCACCCCGGACAUUCGACGCGGGACGACCCAGGUCCAGAGCGCAGGCCCUACCAGCUGCCGUGCCACCCCGGACAUUCGACGCGGGACGACCCAGGUCCAGAGCGCAGGCCCUACCAGCUGCCGGACCACCCCGGACAUUCGAUGCGGGACGAGCCAGGUCCAGAGCGCAGGCCCUACCAGCUGCAGGGCCACCCCGGACAUUCGACGCGGGACGACCCAGGUCCAGAGCGCAGGCCCUACUAG